AUGGGUGAUAAAGAUGGAGAAACCUUUGACGAUGCUGUGGAAGAGAGGGUUAUUAACGAGGAGUACAAAAUAUGGAAGAAGAAUACACCUUUCUUAUAUGACCUGGUCAUGACACACGCUUUAGAGUGGCCCUCGCUGACCGCUCAGUGGCUUCCAGAUGUAACAAGACCUGAAGGCAAGGAUUACUCCGUACACAGAUUGAUUUUGGGCACUCACACAUCUGAUGAACAAAACCACCUCCUCAUUGCAAGUGUACAACUUCCUAAUGAAGAUGCACAAUUUGAUGCAAGCCACUAUGAUAAUGAUAAGGGUGAAUUUGGUGGUUUUGGAUCAGUUUCUGGUAAGAUAGAUAUAGAAAUAAAAAUUAAUCACGAGGGUGAAGUGAAUAGGGCUCGCUACAUGCCACAGAAUCCUUGUGUCAUUGCCACAAAGACCCCAUCUUCAGAUGUCCUUGUAUUUGACUACACCAAACAUCCUUCAAAGCCUGAACCUUCUGGGGAAUGUCAUCCCGACCUUAGAUUGCGAGGUCACCAAAAGGAAGGUUAUGGCUUGUCAUGGAACCCUAAUCUUAAUGGAUACCUUUUAUCAGCCAGUGACGAUCAUACAAUCUGUUUAUGGGAUAUCAACGCCACUCCCAAGGAAGGGCGUGUGAUUGAAGCCAAGUCGGUGUUCACGGGUCACACAGCAGUGGUUGAGGAUGUUGCGUGGCAUCUGUUACAUGAAUCCUUGUUUGGUUCGGUUGCCGAUGACCAGAAGCUAAUGAUAUGGGAUACGAGAUGUAACAACACAUCCAAGCCAUCCCACACAGUGGAUGCUCACACCGCUGAAGUGAACUGCCUUAGCUUCAACCCAUACUCGGAAUUUAUUCUCGCCACUGGCAGUGCUGACAAAACUGUGGCGUUAUGGGACUUGCGUAAUCUUAAACUGAAGUUGCAUUCGUUUGAGUCGCACAAGGAUGAGAUCUUCCAAGUACAGUGGUCGCCACAUAAUGAGACUAUUCUGGCUAGCAGUGGCACGGAUAGGAGGCUGCAUGUAUGGGAUCUGUCCAAGAUCGGUGAGGAGCAGACGGCUGAGGACGCAGAAGAUGGUCCCCCGGAGCUGUUGUUCAUACACGGAGGACACACCGCUAAGAUAUCUGACUUCUCAUGGAACCCCAACGAGCCCUGGGUCAUAUGCUCCGUGUCUGAAGACAAUAUUAUGCAGGUGUGGCAAAUGGCUGAGAACAUCUACAACGAUGAGGAACCGGAAACGCCGGCUUCGGAGCUGGAAUCAGGGGUCAACGUGAACCACGGUUAG